AUGGCUCUGCGGCACCAAACUCCUGUCCAGCCAGACAGCCCGCCAUUCAUGGUGUGGAACCUAGAUCUCAACGAGGAUGGCACAACUCCUCACAACAAGUCAUUUAUCCGCCUGCCGUCGGCUCCCGCCCAGUCGUGCGCCAUCCGCUUCCGCAUACUCACGGGAUCUACCGCGUCGAUCGACGCCUCGCUGCACACAAAUUACCCUCUGGACGGCACUCCCUACGAACGCACAAAGUUCCACGAGAAGAAAUUCAACUUCAACAACCAAACCGAUCUGAUAUGCGAGUUUCGCAUUAAAAGGCCUGGUCCCUACCAAUACUACCUGACGUACAAGAGCAUAGACUCUGGCGACCAGAACAACCAGGACGCCAUAACCAGCGCUGAUGAUGAGAAUCUCUCGCUUGAGCGCAUCUACCGCCAAUUCAAGAGCCGCCGCACACCGACAGCGUACUUCCUGGUUGACCCGCAGCUGACGCUCAGCGGCCAAGCUUUGCCGUUGGACGGGAUUGUUCUGCAGUCGGUCAGCCCCAAGUGGCUCGGUCUAAUGAGAAAGUGGUCAGACCAGCUGGCUAUCAGCAGCAAGAUGGGCUACAACAUGCUGCAUUUCAUUCCAAUGCAGCAGCGAGGCGCGUCCAACUCUCCCUACUCACUGUACAACCAGCUGGAGAUAUCCGACGAUCUUUUUGAUACGCCUAGGAUUACAGCGGAGCAGAAGGACCAGAAGCUCAGAGAAGCUUUGCUCGAGAUGACCCACAAGCACAAGCUCUUAGGCGUUACCGACAUGGUAUGGAACCACACAGCUUAUAACUCUGACUGGCUGCGCGAUCACCCAGAAGCCGGCUUCAAUUUGGAAACUCGCCGCAUUUACGCAGCGCCUAUGAGCUGGAUGCCGCCCUGGCACAUUAUACAGCCGCUCAAGCUCUGGGAGUUUUAUGUCAUUGACGUCGACGCCGCAAUUGUUGCUGUCGGCAAGGCCUGGGACUCGGCUGAUGGCACCAUUGCAGAGUCAGAUUGCGCGGCGCUCCAGGCCCUUGGCGGCGACGAGCGUAACAAGUGGCUGGGCACGUACAUUGUCGGCGACCGCUUGCAUAUUCUCGGAACGCGCUUUGGCCGCACCAUCGACGCCGCUCGCACGGCCGCUGUGCUGCGCUUGCUUGUCGGGCCUGGUGGCACAAAGGACGCAGCUAUCGAGCAGCUGCGCAAGCUUCUGGAUUUGCUCAAUCUGCCUUACUACCGCGAAUACGACGCCGACGUCAAGACCAUUCGCCGAAAUAUCUACGAGCGCGUCAAGUAUGAGCGCCUGGACCAUGGGAGCUGGAAGUACGGCAAGCCUGUCGGCGAUGACUACAAGAUUGUCGACCCCUUGUUUACCACUGUCGAGCCACGUUGCGCCGAGGGAAUGCCAGAGGAUUGCCGGCACUUGGCCAAUAACGGGUGGAUUUGGGGCGGGAACCCGCUGGACAACUUUGCCGGGCCACAAUCAAAGGCAUACCUGCAACGCGAAGUCAUCGUGUGGGGCGACUGCGUCAAACUCAACUACGGACUGACUCCCGAGGAUAACCCGUGGCUGUGGGAGCACAUGCGCCAAUACACUUUGCGCAUGGCGCGUGCCUUCCAUGGUUUCCGCAUUGACAACUGCCACAGCACGCCGAUUGAGCUCGCGGAAUAUCUGCUGGACGAGGCUCGCAAGGCCAAUCCCAACCUAUACGUCAUUGCCGAGCUGUUCACUGGAUCUGAGGAUACCGACCGUGUAUUUGUACAGCGUUUGGGUAUUAACUCGCUGAUUAGGGAGGCCAUGCAGGCUUGGGAUCCCAAGGAGAUGUCGCGACUUGCACAUCGCCAUGGCGGCCGCCCCAUCGGUUCCCUGGCUGUUGAUUGUCUCGGCGAGCCCGGCUUUUUUGUUGAUGACGAGCAUAAAGGCAUUCACAUUGACAGCAUAGUCGCGCCGUUGAGCGCCUCGCUGCCGCAUGCCAUCUUUUUUGACUGCACCCACGAUAACGAGGUGCCUAGCCAAAAACGCACACUCGAGGACUCCUUGCCCAACAGCGCCAUUGUUUCCUUUACAGCAUCCGCCACAGGAAGCAACCGCGGCUACGAUGAGCUGUAUCCGGAAUUGCUAAAUGUUGUACACGAAGAACGCCGAUAUGCCCUUUUGGAUGAUCCCCUGUGUAUUGGACUGGGCGAGGCCAAGGCCAAGCUCAACAGGCUGCACAGCGAAAUUGCGUUGUACCAGGAGGUCCAUGUACACCAGGAGAGCGAAUACGUUACCAUCCACCGCGUGCAUCCGGUCACCAGAGAGGGCGUCAUGAUGAUUGCGCAUUGUGCGUUCAAGGACGCAACCGAGAGCCCAUGGUUCGAUAGCCCCCGGUUGGAUGGCACGCUGGUGACCCCCGAGUUUGCUUACCGUCUACACUCUGUGGAAGUGCGCUCUGACAACCUGGCAGCGGCUGGCAAUAGGGAUGACGGCUUCCUGCACGGCCUGCCUUCGCGUCUUGAAAAGCUAGACAGCCCAGAGAUUGUGCAGCACAAGGACAGCCGGGGCGUGUUCACAAUGCUGCAGUUGCCGAAGGGCUUUGGCCCUGGCAGUGUCCUGGUCGUGCGGACCCGGCUUGCAAACUUCAAGCCCAACCUCGACUGGAAGAUACGCACGUGCGCCGACGAGGCUGUUGCAAAGUUAACGCUUGGAGCGUUGAAUGUUGUGCUCUACCGCUGCGACGCCGAAGAACGCGACGCUAUUGGCGAGGGUGCCUACGAUGUGCCUGGGCUAGGACCGCUGGCCUACUGUGGCAUCCAGGGCUGGUACACGCAUCUCAAGAACAUUAUUCCAAACAACGACCUGGGCCAUCCGCUGUGCGACCACCUGCGCCAGGGCGUCUGGGCCCUGGACUACGUUGCCAAGCGGCUGGCCCAAUACAGCGAGGACUACCCCGAAAUCAAACAAUUGUCGGCGUGGUUUGAGGAGCGCUGGGAGCUAGUUAAGCGGGCGCCCAACUUUAUGCUCCCGCGCUAUUUUGCCCUGACCAUGCACACCGCGUAUCAGGCGCUGAUCCGUCGUGCCCUGGAGCUGAUGCCAGGCAAGGUUGUCAAUAAGUCGCAGUUCACGCACCAGCUGGCAAUGACAUCGGUACAGAUGCUGGGACACGUCAAUGGCGCCGGCCUGCGACCCGUGUCUGAAACCAAAGUCAGUAUUUCGAUGAGCGCUGGUCUGCCACACUUCUCCACUGACUUUAUGCGCUGCUGGGGCCGUGACGUUUUUAUCGCCCUCGAUGGCCUGCUGUUGGCCACUGGGCGAUUUGCGGAUGCGCGCGAGCACCUCUUGGCAUUUGGAAGCACGCUCAAGCACGGCUUGAUUCCCAAUCUGCUUGAUGCCGGCAGGUUCCCGCGCUACAACGCGCGCGAUGCAACGUGGUUCUGGCUCCAGGCCGUGCAAACGUACUGUGAGCUCGGGCCCGAGGGACUAGCAUUUUUGGAUACACCUGUGGCGCGGCGCUUCCCUGAUGGCGAGACCUUUGUGCAGUGGGAUAGUGAGGAGGCCUUCAACGCGACAAGUACUGUGGCCGAACUCGUUCAAGAAAUUAUGCAGCGGCACGCCAGUGGAAUUAAGUUCCGCGAGUGGAACGCCGGGCCCGCGCUGGACUCGCAGAUGCGCGAUGAGGGGUUCGACAUCAGCGUCGGUGUUGACUUUGACACCACUGGGUUUGUCAGCGGCGGGAACCAGUGGAACUGCGGCACAUGGAUGGACAAGAUGGGAUCGUCAGACAAGGCCGGCAUCCGCGGUGUGCCUGCGACCCCACGCGAUGGUGCCGACGUGGAGAUUGUUGGGCUUCAAAAGUCGGCCUUGCGCUGGCUUGCCUCUCUGAACCGAAACAGCGCGUUCCCCUUUAAUGGCGUUGACAAGCCUGACGGUACACACAUUGACUACGCUAAGUGGGACCAAUUAGUGCAGAGAAGCUUUGAGCGGUACUUCUGGGUCCCUCUGGAUACCCGCGAGGACACGCAGUACAAUGUGAAUUCGGCCAUGGUCAACCGUCGCGGAAUCUACCGUGACACCUACGGCUCUUCGGUAGAGUGGGCAGACUAUCAGUUCCGCCCUAACAUCUCCAUUGCCAUGGUCGUUGCUCCUGAGCUCUUUGACCCUUCGCAUGCCCUCGUUUGCCUGCACAAGAUGAGCGCUGUAUUGUCUGCACCCAUGGGGAUGCGCACCCUGGAUCCGUCCGAUAUACGGUAUCGGCCAAACUACGACAACUCGAACGACUCGUCUGACUCAUUUGUAGCCCACGGCAUCAAUUACCACCAGGGCCCUGAGUGGCUGUGGGUCACAGGAUAUUAUCUGCGCGCGCAGCUCCAAUUCAUUCACUCUGCCAUCCUUGAGCGGUCGGUAGGAGGCAAUUUGCUGACACCCUUGAAGACGGCUUACCAUGAGCUGCAUGCGCAUAUGGUCACGCUGAAGCAGCAUAUCUCUUCAUCUGCGUAUGCGGGCUUGCCAGAGCUGACGAAUUUGGACGGUGCCCAUUGCCGCGACUCGUGCGACACCCAGGCGUGGAGUAGCGGGUGCUUGCUGAUGGCUUUGCAUGAUAUGAUUCGGCUGGAGGAUGACGUGCACGAGCGGAUGCUGAGUAGUGCCAAAUAA